GUAAAAAAGUUCCGUUAUUUGACGCUUCACAUUGUACGCGGUCAUUCAUAUUUGCAUUUUGUUCGGUCAAGGAAUUUUUCAGUAAAAUUUUUCGCGUUCGAUACAUAUUCCUUUUUAAAUAGUGUUUUUAAUAAUAUUCUUUAAGCACAAUGUCUGAAUUGCCGUGCUCAAAAUGCCGCCAACCUGGGAAAUUCUAUUGUGAGCGUUGUCUGGAGCCCUAUUGCAGUUCUGAUUGUCAAGUUGGUGAUUGGCAAGAUCACAAAUCGAGAUGUUUUAAAAUUCCGAAUUUAAUACCCAUGCACAAUUUGAGUCUCAAAAGUGAUACAUCAUUUCGACGCUCUCACGGCGGCUCAAAAGAGAAUAUAAACGAUACAAAGCGUAGCAACAGCAACACCUUCGCUGGUACGAAGGCUCGAAAUCCCAUAGAAUGCGGCGAAUCUUGUACCGGAGCUAAACCCAAAAAACUUUUACAAGAUGGAGAUUUUACACUUGUCACAAAAGCUGCCGCUACGUCUACACCAACACCUACUGCCACUGUAGAUGUUGCACCACCCAAGAACGUGAGCAAUAUUUUGAAUUCUGUAAUUACUGCAGAUAAACCUGCCAAUUGGCGCAUGCAUUUCCCACCACCCAAUGGAUAUUUCGAUGCCAUCAUUCAAUUUGUCGAAGAAGCAGAUCAGGCAAACAAACACUUCCUAUGGGUAACCGAUAUUAAAUAUGAUGGUCCAUUGCGUAAACUACUGGCCGAAAUAAAUCGUAAUAUUAAUCAAAAAGAACCCUGUAAGGCUGAGCUAAUAUACCCUGGAGCAUUGGUGGCAGCGCCAUUGGGGAAAAUUCUCUACAGAGCAGAGGUUUUAGAUUGCUCCGCCCAGGCACAAAAGGCUGAUGUACGUCUAAUCGAUUAUGGCAACGAAUUGAGGAUUCCAUACAACCAACUCUUUGCACCCAUACCCAUUAUGGCGAAUUUAAAUGCUUACGCUUUUCGAGUUUGCUUGCGCGGCGAUUGUGGUCCCUUGAACAUUGAAUCUGUUGUGACCAUUAAAAUUGUGGGACAAAAACAUUCUGAAGGUUAUUACAAUGUCGAGAGCAAAGAGAAGUCCAUACCCAUGGAAUUACCUGUGGAAUUGCUGACGAAAGAGAAAUCGCUUACUGUUGUCAAAUAUUUUGUGGAUGGCCGCCAUGCAUUGUUACGCUUGAAUGGUAACGAAGACUUGAACUCCCUAGAUGAGGUAUUGAAUUCGGAACAAACCAUACAAUAUGAAUUUGAAAAGGUGCCAAGUGAGGGGACAUUUGUUGCAGCACGCACUAAGCAUGGUUGGAAACGUGCCCGCCUACUGGCACAUUGGGAAAAGGGCCACGAGUAUUUGGUUUAUGCCAUUGAUGAGGGUUUCAUAACACGUUCGCCACAAAUCAAACGCAUACCCAGUGCAUUCUUGUGUCAUCCCAUGCAAGUGUUUGCUGUUUCCACAAACUCUGUGGAAUAUAUGCUAUCGGAAACUAUGUUGGCAACUGUCAAAAAAUUAUCCAUACAAUUGUUGCCUGCCACAUCGGUAACAGCAGGAAAAGAUUCAAAGACACAUUUGUCAUGUGCUCUCUUUGAGGAUUCGCGCAAAAUUGUGGAUGUUGUAAUAGCUUCGAUCUUUACCGGCUGCAUUAAGGAGCUGAAUAUAGACUUGUGGUAUGAUCUCCCCGGUCCUGGCUCAUUUGUAACCGUAAGCCAUGUCAUAACAUUUAAAGAAGUCUAUAUAGCAGCUCUUGAAACUAGAGAUUAUGAUAAAAUAUUUGAAGCGGAACAUGGGAAAUGCAUUCCUUUCAAUGCUGGCGCCAGCGAUGAAUUGAAAAAAGAUGCUAUUGUUUUUGUAUGCGAUCCACAUGGACAUAAAUAUCGCGGACAGAUAAUCGAAUGCGAAGCAAACUCUUACCGAAUUAAAAACAUUGACAAAGGUGCAGAAUUCAGCGUAGAUCGAAAAUAUAUCUUCAAACCCACGAAUCUAAUCAGAUAUCUUCCCGUGCGAUGUUCCCUAAUUAAACUCAUGUAUUUAUCAACCGUUCCCACACCAAUUGCCUAUAACAAAGCCUUGACUUCAUUGGAGAAAUGUAUGGAAAAUGCAGCGGAAUUCGAAGUCUUUGCAGAUAAAGAAAACACUGGAGUGGACUUGCUAUUCCGGACCAAGGAAAGGCAAUCGCUUUGUAAAAAAUUAUUACCACUUGUGUUUGAUGCAGCAGAUAUACCAGCAACGGUACCACUUUAUGAUGAUACGACCCAACAACAACAGCCACCGCCGGAAGUUCCAAAAAGAGUAGUUGUAAAUGAAAGGGCACCCGUUGCAAUGACCCUAACACCGCCCAACACUCCCAUCGCUGUAGAGCCCCCAAAAGCAGCCGCAGCUGCUGUAAUUUCGCCCAAGAUUCUAACACUUGAUGAUUUGGAAAUUAUUCCCAUCCAAUGUGGGGAGAAUGCUGAACUCUACACCUUAGAUGCCACAUCAAUUGUGAAUUUAGAUGGUCCCUAUAUAACUGCGGCUGAUUUUAGUAACAAGGCGUAUUUAAGAAAAUUGGAAAUCAGUCUAGCCUCUGUUGCUGAAUAUUGCAAUAGUCCAAAGGCUCCAAAGGGGGGUUAUGCUCCAAAAAAAAUGGAAUUGUGCCUGUCCGUAUUUGCCGACGAUGGCCAAUGGUAUCGUGCCAUGUGCAUUGACUCGCAAAAUGACAACUUUUUGGUGUUAUUCCUCGACUAUGGCAAUCUAUCAAAAGUCAGCAAAAAAGAUAUCAUGCCUAUGAUACCUGAUCUCAUGUUUCCCUCAAAUGCCAAUAUGGUUUAUAUUGAAGGUAUAAAGACCAAGGAGCAGGCUUUGAAGUUUGCAAAAUCAUUGCAAACAAAUCCCAUUGUUAAAGCCAAUGUAACACAAAUACCAGAAAGCGAUGCGUACCUUGCCAAGGUACAUGGUCUGGAUACAAUUAUCGCUUAAGCCCUGGAGGCACUAUAUAUGCAUAUAUAUUUUUUAUUGAAUUUCCCUAAUUUUUAAGUUUUAUUCAAUCUAUUAUUUUUAAUUUUAUCUGACCAUUUUGUAUGCAAUUUCGGAGUGAAUUGAAAUUCAUUUUUUUUAAAUAAAACGUCGUUUAAUUUUAUCAAAU